AGCUCCCCCCCCCCACCAUUACAAGAAUCACCCAAACGGCGAUCCGAAAACAAAAACAAAAUUCAAGUACCUAGUCUGCGCUGUACUUUACCCGCCCCUUUUCCCAUACACAGUCUCUGGCCAGAUACCUAUCGACCCCUCUAUCCAUGGGUGCCGGUGAUAGUAAGCUCUCCUUCAAGAAGGGCGUCUUUCGUCUUGCCGAAGAAUACAAAAUAUCGCCUCGUGAUCCCUACUGGCUUUCCUUCUGGGAGCUUCCUGAAUCCGCUGAAGAUGUUUUCACACUCUUCGCUGCCGCUGACAUCCGUCGUACCCGCGAUCAACACCUUGAAAAUUUAGAGACGCUCAUCCUGGCAGUUACCUCGAGGCUCUUUGCCUUAAAGAACCAUCCGUUGUUUCCUGAUCCUGAGCUGGCUCCGGAGAAGCAUGCAUUAAAUUGUAUUCGAAUAUUGACGAGGAUACUGCCAUUUUUGCACGAAAAGGAUGGGUUGGUGGCUUGGGAGGAGAAGUUCUUUUGGGGCGCAGGGCGGAAGAGAUCCGGGAAAGCAUCGCUUUCUAGAGCGGAGGUCAUCUUCGAUGAAGCUCAUCCUGAUGAAGACCCUCGGCCACCGACGGCGGCAGAAGAUAUCGAAUCGGCCCCGCCAUUGAUGGAAGAAUUGAUAGAUACUCUGAUUGGCCUGCUCUUCUAUUCUGGAUUUACCCUGAUGGAAAAUCCCUCGUCAAAGGGAAAGGUUACAUAUGCUAUUUGGCAAAGCGGCGUUGGAUGCAAUACCCCAGUUGGGACCACGAAAGAACUGGAGUCCAACAAGAUUGAAGCAUUGAGACUUCUGCUUGCAAUCACAUCUAAAGCAAUGUUCAUACCUGCAAAUAUAUUGCCAGUGAGGGGGAUAAGAGCAUUGACCUAUAUAGCAACCAGUGCGGACAAGAAAGCUGUGCUCUCGACUUUAUGCUCGUUAUUGAAUACAACCUUGAGAUAUAACCCCGCCAGUUGGAGAGUUCCUUAUGAUCAUGUCGUAUUUUCAGACCCUCGGCAAGUUCUUGUGACCUACUGUUUGCAAUUGCUUCUUGUUCUGCUAUUGUACCCUGUCCCGGAGAGCGGGCCGGGCGAGCCUCUGCUUAAGAACAACUACCGCCAUUAUUUGGGGAGACUUCACAGAACUCAAGACUUUCAAUUCCUGGUUGACGGAAUGACCCGUGUUCUUAAUCAGCCGAUCCAGGCUACUGCAUCCUAUCUUCCCGGCAGUCAGAAGACUAUCCAAUGGGCUCCGGAAAUGUUGAUGCUCUUUUGGGAGAGUUUGCAAUGUAAUAAGCGGUUCCGGAGCUUUAUUAUCGAAACGGAUCGGGUCCAUGACUUUGUGAUUUUGAUUAUCUACUAUGCUCUGGAGCAUAGAUUGGACCCUUCCAAGUCCGGGGUCGUCAGAAUGUGUGUUUUUGUUUUGCAAACUUUGUCUACGGAGCCGAAAUUUGGGAUGAGUCUCAACAAGCAUUUCGAGGGACAAAACACAUUACCAUCCAGCAUUAGGAUCCCCUCCUUCAGUGGAACUUAUGCAGAUUAUCUGAUAAUUUCUAUAUAUAGUUUGAUCGCGGGUAGCAAGGGUAGGUUGGGUGCUGUAUACCCAGCAUUACUAGCAAUUAUUGCGAAUGUUGCUCCCCAUGUCAAGCCUCUCUCGGCGGCAGCUAGCGCAAAGCUUGUGCAACUAUUUGCUUCAAUGUCAGCGCCAGCCUUCUUGCUAGCGAACGAGACUAACCACGCAUUGUUACACUCUCUUCUGGAGUCGAUGAAUUCUAUCAUUGAGCAUAACUAUUCAGAGAAUGCAAACUUUGUUUAUUCCAUCUUAAGGGCGCACAAAAGAUUUGAGGCAUUGAGAAACUUUACUCUCGAAAGUGGCCAAGAGGAAAUCGACCGCCAGGAUAAGCAAAAAAAGGAUCGGGGAGAAUCUCAGGAUGCUUCGGCUAAAGGCUCGAUAAGUCGUGACGAUUUUGCCUCACCUGUUGAAGAGCGAGGGUCAAUGGCCGGAUCGGAGUCACCAAUCCCACCUAGUCAGUUUGAAAUUGGCGAUGGCGAGGACUCGGACGAGGAAGACAGAUCUAAGAGCCAACCUCCCACUUCCUCUAUCGAAACCCCAAUGCCUACCCGAUUACCUACCAUUCCAUCCCGCACACCCUCUAUAUCGUCAUCCGCCGAAGAUGCUGUUCCUAUACAGCUACGAGCAAUGUCGGAGAAAGCCAGGGGAAAACUUCCAGAAGGCUCUUUCCACAGACAGGCCAGCACCACGAGCCUAGCAAGCCAUGCCAGUGCUUCUGCAACCGCAACAUCAUUGAAUGGGUUCACGCCUUCACAAACAUGGAUCGAAUCGUGGCUUCCUCAUCUACCACUUCAUACAAUCCUUGUGCUCAUUCAGCAGCUACAGCCUCCACUGCGCGAGAUUCUCGCGCGUAACAAUGGGGAACCCAAUGCCAUAUCAAUGCUUGAAUGUAUAAAGACUACAGAGAUUCACGGAAUUGAGCCUUCGUUGAUUAAAACUCACAUGUUCGAAUGGAGUCCUUUGGCGCUGGGUUGGUACGAGUCGCUACUCUGGGGGUUCGUUUUUAUUGCGGAGAGGCAUGUUUCAAAGGGCACUGUUGGUGUAUGGAAUGGGACCGCGGUGAAGCUAUUCAGAGUCCAAGAGACUGCCCCGGAAGGUCCGAGUUUACUGGCACCUCGAGGCGGUGUGGAUGCGAUCGGAACCAAUCUAAUUGAGAGGCUGGGGAGUGUGAGCUUAGGGAGGGGGCAGCGUCAGCGCAAUUCUAGCGACAGCGGGACUGGUGGGAACAGAGAAAGGCAUGCGGUUGUGUAAUUAGUAGAUGUCUAUACUGGAUCAUAAACCUUUGCUUUUCGG